AUGGAGGCGGCAGCAGCGGAGGGGAGGUCACUGGAGAGAGUAGUGUCGCAGAAGGCUCUGCAAAUGAGCAGCUCACGGAGUUGCCAAGUCUGUGUGUUGGCCUUUCUCUCUGGAGUUUGCCUGACAUCUCUGUUUAUGGCCGGCGCGGCCGCCUCUUUUCGAAUUAAUAAUGCCGCGCAUUUUCCCUUUUCUCUGUUUUCCUCCAUGCCUAGUACAUUAAUCGAUGAUAAUCUAGGCGAAGAACAUGUCACGUAUUCCGAGAAAGACAAUAUUUCUAUAAGUACAAGUGACGAUAAUGUCUCGUCACUAUAUACGGCAUGGAGCCAUUUACUCCAUGAAUCAAGAGACAAAGAGGGCCCACAUCACCCUCGAAAAAUCAUAUCGAGCGAGUCGAGCAAUGUACCCAAAGCCCCUCACUUGGAAGAUUGCAAGACGAGCAUACACAUGAACCGGAAUCUCGACAUGCGGAUCCCAAACAGGACUUAUCCUCCAUGGACACUUUGGAAAGGCACAUUGGAUAGUGUUCGGAAAUCAGCAAACGACGAGCGGCUAGAUCAGUUCACGGAUCGUGUAGUGUCCGAAGGAGCUUAUCCUCCUUGGGUCAUAGGAUCGGAUGAGGAGAAUUAUCCCCUGACGAGGAAAGUGCAAAGGGAUUUAUGGCUUCAUCAGCAUCCUGCAAACUGUAACGAUCCAAGCGUGAAGUUUUUAGUGGCGGACUGGGAAAAAUUGCCCGGAUUUGGUAUUGGAGCACAGCUGGCCGGAAUGUGUGGUUUACUUGCUAUUGCAAUCAACGAGAAGAGGGUUUUAGUUACCGGUUACUAUAACAGAGCCGAUCAUGACGGUUGCAAAGGGUCAUCACGUUCGAGUUGGUCCUGUUACUUUUUUCCAGAGACCUCACUGGAGUGCAAAAAACGAGCCUACGAGCUUAUGCACGAGAAGGCAGCAUGGCAGACAGGUGUUAUUACGAGAAAAGAGAACUACACUUCAAAAGACAUAUGGUCCGGGAGGAUACCUAGGGUAUGGGGCAGGCCUUGGAGUAUUAUGCAACCGACCACCGAGAUUAAUGGGACCUUGAUUGUUCGUCAUCGGAAAAUGGAUCGUAGAUGGUGGCGAGCUCAGGCUAUACGGUACCUGAUGAGGUUUCAGACCGAGUACACGUGUGACAUUAUGAAUAAGGCCCGCCACAGUGCCUUUGGACGUGAAGCUGCGAAAAUGGUACUCGAGUCGUCCUCCGAGAAUCUGAGAAGAAAGGAGCAUGAUGAUAUGGAAAAAUUCGUGUGGUCUAAUCACAAGCCGUGGGUCCCACGGCCGCUGUUGAGCAUUCACGUCAGAAUGGGAGAUAAGGCUUGCGAGAUGACCGUUUUCGGAUUUGAAGACUACAUGCGUUUGGCGAACAAAGCCCGUAUGCGUUUCCCGCACCUCAAGAAUGUGUGGCUUUCUACUGAAAUGCAGGAUGUGAUUGAUAAAUCAAAAUCCUACGGGCAGUACUGGAAAUUUUACUACACGAAUGUGACUCGGCAAACGGGGAACAUGUUGAUGGCAGCUUACGAAUCGAGCCUGGGUCGAGAGACUAGCAGUAAUUAUCCUCUUGUGAACUUCUUGAUGGCGGUAGAGGCUGAUUUCUUCAUAGGGGCAUUGGGUUCCACGUGGUGCUUUUUGAUAGAUGGAAUGAGAAGCACGGGUGGGAAAGUCAUGUCCGGUUACUUGAGCGUGAACAAAGACAGGUUUUGGUAG